AUGUCCAACAAGAAAAUUGAUGGCCCAGCCAUUGGCAUUGACCUUGGAACCACCUACUCCUGCGUAGGAAUUUGGCAAAAUGAACGUGUGGAGAUCAUCGCCAACGACCAGGGCAACAGGACUACUCCAUCGUGGGUUGCCUUCACAGAGUCAGAACGCCUUAUCGGAGACGCUGCCAAGAACCAGGCUGCGAUGAAUCCCCACAACACCAUUUUCGAUGCCAAGCGUCUCAUCGGUCGCAAGAUGGAUGAUCCCUCCCUCCAGGCUGACUUGAAGCACUUUCCAUUCAAGGUUGUCACCAAGGAUGGCAAGCCUCAUAUCCAGGCCGAAUACAAGGGAGAGAAUAAGACCUUCUCUCCUGAGGAAAUCUCCUCUAUGAUUCUCACCAAGAUGAAGGAGACCUCUGAGGCCUAUUUGGGUAAGGAGGUCAAGCACGCUGUCAUCACCGUUCCAGCCUACUUCAACGACUCCCAGCGUCAGGCCACCAAAGAUGCUGGCUUGAUUGCUGGUCUCAACGUUCUUCGUAUCAUCAACGAGCCUACUGCUGCUGCCAUUGCCUACGGUCUCGAGAAGAAGGGUAGCGGAGAGCGUAACAUCUUGAUCUAUGAUCUUGGAGGUGGUACUUUCGAUGUUUCUCUUUUGACCAUCGACGAUGGAAUCUUCGAGGUUAAGGCUACUGCUGGUGACACUCACUUGGGAGGAGAGGACUUCGACAAUCGUUUGGUUCAGUUUGUUCUCCAAGAAUUCAAGAGGAAGCACAAGAAGGAUCCAUCUGAGAACGCUCGUGCUCUUCGUCGUAUCAGGACGGCUUGUGAGCGAGCCAAGCGAACCCUGUCAUCAGCGGCCAACACUACCAUUGAGGUUGAUUCCUGCUUCGAGGGAAUUGAUUUCUACACCAACAUCACUCGCGCCAAGUUUGAGGAACUUUGUUCUGACUUGUUCCGUGGAACCCUCGACCCUGUCGAUCGCGUUUUGAGGGAUUCCAAGAUUUCUAAAGGCCAGGUCCACGAGAUCGUUCUUGUCGGAGGUUCAACUCGUAUUCCCAAGGUCCAGUCUCUCCUUCAGGACUUCUUCAAUGGCAAGGAGUUGAACAAGAGCAUCAAUCCAGAUGAGGCCGUUGCCUACGGAGCUGCUGUUCAGGCUGCCAUCUUGGCUGGAGUCGACUCUGAGAAGACGCAGGAUCUUCUUCUUCUUGAUGUUGCUCCCUUGUCCCUCGGUAUCGAGACUGCCGGAGGUGUGAUGACUAAGCUCAUUGAGCGCAACACCACCAUUCCCUGCAAGAAGUCCCAGGUCUUCUCCACGUAUGCGGACAAUCAGCCUGGUGUGCUCAUCCAGGUUUAUGAAGGAGAGCGUCAGAUGACUAAGGACAACAAUCUUCUUGGCAAGUUCCAGUUGGAUGGAAUUCCCCCUGCCCCUCGUGGUGUUCCACAGAUCGAGGUGUCGUUCGAUCUCGAUGCCAACGGUAUCAUGAACGUUUCGGCCCAAGACAAGUCCACCGGCAAGCAGAACAAGAUCACCAUCACUAAUGACAAGGGUCGUCUCAGCCAGGAUGACAUUGAGCGCAUGGUCAAGGAGGCUGAGCGCUUCAAGGAGGAGGACGAGAGGCAGCGCAAGAAGGUUGACGCUAAGAACUCUCUUGAGAACUACGCUUAUUCUCUCAAGAACACGCUCAACGACGAGAAGGUUGCUGGCAAGCUCGACGAAUCAGACAAGUCUUCGCUCACCAGCAAAAUUGACGAGACCAUCUCUUGGUUGGAGAGCAAUGCCAAUGCUGAAGUUGAAGAGUUCGAGGCAAAGCAGAAGGCUCUGGAGGGUGUCGCCAUGCCCAUCAUGACCAAGCUCUACCAGGGUGGAGGAAUGCCUGAUAUGGGCGGCGGCAUGCCUGACAUGAGUGGUGGUGCUCCUCCUUCUGGUGCUGGUGGCGCUGGCGGACCUCACAUCGAGGAGGUCGACUAAGUCGUACAACAUCUUCAACUCCUGUACUAGUAAUAAAUGAUUUCGAUAUCAUUCA